AUGUCUCUGAACCAGAUGCAAAUCAAGCAGGAGCUGACGCUCCCCCCCGGGCUGGGUAAAACCACCCCAAAAACCAUCCCGGAGCCCCAAAAUCCCCAAAUCCCGGUGCCCGCCCCUUGCCCGGAGCCGGUGGCGAAAUUCCAGGAAAAAGCGAUUCCAGUGGAACCGGGAAAAGGGGAAAAUCCGGGGGCUGCGGUGCCGCAGUGCCCGCCCCAGGAGCAGCAGAGAGCAGAAUUCCCUCCGAAAUUCCCGCUGGAAGAGAAAUCCCGCCCGGAACCGCCGCUGGAGAGGCAGGAGGAAAAGGAGAUCCCGGUUCCCUGCGCCCAGGAGAAGCAGCAGCGCCAGGAAAUCCCGGUGUCCAUCCCAGAAAAUCAGGAAUGCAAGGAAAUCCCGGUGUCCAUCCCAGAAAAGCAGGAGCGCAAGGAAAUCCCGGUGUCCAUCCCAGAAAAUCAGGAAUGCAAGGAAAUCCCGGUGUCCAUCCCAGAAAAGCAGGAAUGCAAGGAAAUCCCGGUGUCCAUCCCAGAAAAGCAGGAAUGCAAGGAAAUCCCGGUGUCCAUCCCAGAAAAGCAGGAGCGCAAGGAAAUCCCGGAGCGCAAGGAAAUCCCGGUGUCCAUCCCAGAAAAACAGGAAUUCCAGGAAAUCCCGGUGUCCAUCCCAGAAAAGCAGGAAUUCCAGGACACCCCAGUCCCCGUCCCAGUUUCCUGCCCUGAACCCAUCCCGCCUUCCCAGGAAAAGCAGGAAUGCCAGGAAAUCCCCGUGUCCAUCCCAGAAAAGCAGGAAUGCCAGGAAAUCCCCGUGUCCAUCCCAGAAAAGCAGGAAUGCCAGGAAAUCCCCAUCCCUGUCCCCAUCCCACUCCCAGACCCCGUCCCGUGCUCCCAGGAAAAGCAGGAAUUCCAGGAGAUCCCGGAGCAGCGCUCCCUUCCCGAGAAAUUCCCUCCCCUGGAGCAGCAGCUGGAACAGCCCGGCCUCUGGCAGAAGUAG